AGGGCAAUUUCGGAAAGCUGACAAAAUUGGCAUGAAGCCCAAAGAGUAAAUUUUUAAUGUAAUGUUUUGAUCAACCUUCAUCAAAAUUCCAGUGAAAAUAUGACUUUUCCAAGUAAAUUAACUGCAAAAAAUGUGAUUUAGUACGUGUAGUUGGCAGCGCAAACACUAAAGAGCAUAAUGGAAGUAAUGGUAGGGCUGUCAAGGUAUUUGCGGCGAAAGGUUUUAGAAGUUCCUGUACGUGUUGUAACUUUACAUUGCGUGAACUACACAAGGCUAGCUGAGGUUGGCCGCUUAGAAGAACCAAAGUCUGAUGGAAAAUAUGACACAGGACAACUGUUUCUUCACAGAGUAUUUGGCUACCGUGGCGUCGUUCUUUUUCCAUGGCUUGCCAGAGUAUAUGAUAGAGAUGAGUCUGUCAGGAAGAGAGGAAACAGGAGUGUGCCAUCUCCUGGAUCGCCAUCUUCAGAUGUAAAAGGUCAGACACAGACCUUCUAUCAAGUUCUAAUUGACUCCAGGGAUUGCCCAUUCAUUCGAGCACAAACAGAGGCAGUUACGUUUCUUGGUAACCAAGACAGCAGUCGUAGCUUGUAUGCUAUACCAGGCUUGGACUAUGUAGCCCAUGAGGAUGUACUGCCAUAUACAACUACUGAAAAGCAGCCACUGCAUCAUGAACUGGUGGACAAAUUCUUGUCUCAUGUGCCAGACAGAGAUCCUCCAUUUGUAGGACUAGAAACUUUAGAUGCAUGGCAAAGAAAAAAUCAUCCAUGGCUUGAAUUGUCGGAUGUUCACAAGGAAACAACAGAAAAUGUUCGUGUGACAGUCAUACCUUUCUAUAUGGGUUCUAGAGAAUUUCAGACUGCUUCUGUUUAUUGGUGGCGAUACUGCAUACGUCUUGAGAAUCUUGGAAAAUUAUCAGUUCAGCUGCGGGAGCGGCACUGGCGAAUCUUCAGCCUGUCUGGUACACUGGAGACAGUGCGUGGACGUGGAGUGGUUGGCCAGGAACCUGUCCUCUCUCGGACUUCGCCAGCUUUCCAGUACAGCAGCCAUGUCAGUUUGCAGGCACCAUCAGGCCACAUGUGGGGCACCUUCCGUAUGGAGCGUGAAGAUGGAUUUUCAUUCGACUGUCGCAUCCCGCCCUUCCCACUUGAGAGCAAAAUAGAAGAGCAGCCACCAGCCUCAUCACCUACACAGGGAGCAGAAUGAAUUAGAGACUAAUUGUAUUUAUUGUACAGAUUCCAGUAAUUUAUUUGAAAAAACAAUUGUGCAAGUUGUAAUUUCUGAACUGUCCUUGCUGAUGCAAGUGAAUUAAAGAAUUGAAACUGUGGAUAGCCUGUGAAA